AUGCCUUCCAAUUCUCCGUUUCCAGACGUGGAGAUCCCGGAUGUCGACCUAUGGGGACUCAUGUUUGAGCGGAAAGACCGCGACUUCUCAGAUGACAAGGUCAUUUACCGUGCGAUCAACUCUGACCGAAGAUACACAUUUGCUCAAGUAAAGAAACUAGCCACAGUAUUCGGCCAGGGCCUCCGGAGUCUCUGGGAUUGGCAGAAAGAUGACGUUUUGGCAUUGUAUACGCCAAAUGAUAUCGAUGUCCCGCCAGUCAUAUACGGUACCUUUUACGCAGGUGGAAUCGUUACGCCUGUGAAUCCUGCGUAUUCGAAAGAUGAACUGGCCUACCAACUGGAGAACUCUGGCGCCAAGGCACUCGUCACCACAAAGGCGUUUAUGAAAACGGCGUUGGAGGCUGCCGACAAAGUCGGCAUCCCAAACGAUCGAGUCAUCUUGUUGGGGUCUGAGAAAGAUGAGUCCCAUCAAUGCAAGCACUGGGCCAGUAUUCAGAAGACCGACAUCUUAGAACGGUAUCGCAGAAGGAAAGCCAACCCCGAAGACCUAUCGUUCCUUGCCUACAGCUCUGGUACAACUGGACUGCCAAAAGGCGUGAUGCUCAGCCAUAGAAAUAUCGUGGCAGAUCUUCUUAUGAUAAAAGGAGGUGUAGGCCACUGGUACUCAUCAGCAGACGACAAAUUCCUAGGCGUCCUCCCCUUUUUCCACAUCUACGGCCUCACUAUACUUGUACACCAAACACUCCACCGAGGCAUCGAGCUCGUCGUGAUGCCCGCUUUUGACCUGAAGAUGUUCCUCGAGGCAAUCCAAGAACACAAAAUCACAUUGAUCUAUGUAGCGCCCCCCGUCAUUGUCCGCUUAGCUAGAGACAGCAUAGUAACCCAAUACGACCUUUCCUCCAUAAAAAUGAUCACCAGCGGUGCCGCACCCCUCUCAAAAAGCCUCAUAGACGCCGUGCACAAGCGACUCGGCCUAAAAAUCAACCAAGCAUACGGCCUGAGCGAAACAAGCCCCGCAACACACAAUCAGCCCUGGAACGAAUGGUCCACCUCCCCCGGCAGCGUCGGCAAACUCCUCCCCAACAUGCAAGCAUCCUACAUGUCCCCCUCUGGCCAGGAACUUGCCCCCGGCUCAACCGGCGAACUGCACCUCCGCGGCCCCAACAUCUUCAAAGGCUACUGGAAAAACCCCGCAGCCACCGCUGCCGCCCUGACCCCCGACGGCUUCUUCAAGACGGGCGACGUCGGAUUCGUAGACGCAGAGCAUAACUUCUACAUUACGGAUCGUGUCAAAGAGCUGAUCAAGUACAAGGGGUUUCAGGUUGCACCCGCGGAGCUGGAGGGGAAGCUCAUGGAGAAUGCGGCGGUGGAGGAUGUCGCGGUUGUGGGCGUGCAGGAUGAAGAGAGGCACACGGAGGUGCCCAGGGCGUAUGUUGUGCCUGCACAAGCUACAAGGGGGAGGGCUGGGGAGGAGGAGGAGGCGAGGGAGAUUGUGAAAUGGAUGGAGGGGAAGGUGGCAGGGCAUAAGUGGUUAAGGGGCGGAGUGGUGUUUGUGGAGGAGAUUCCCAAGAGUGCGAGUGGGAAGAUUUUGAGGAGGGUGUUGAAGGAGAGGUCGAAGGGGGAUGUUGGGUUGGGGGUUGGGGAGAAGGCGAAGUUGUAG